AUGUAUGAUGAGGCUGUCAGCGACAUACAGAUCUUGAUAUUUUGCAGUCAUAUUGAAGUCCUGCUGGCCGGCUUUUAUGGCUUGGCUGGAAAUGCAAAUCUGGACCCUUUCCACCGGAUUGAACGUUGGACCGGCACCUUUUAUGAGCCGAGCUGGCUGUGGAAAGUGGGUUUGGUUAUUCGACUUGGUCACGAAGGUGAUCGGUGCCCGAAUGGAAGCAGCAACUUGAGUGCCGACCUUGACAUUGACGAAGAGGAAUGGUUUGACAUGGAAGACCUUACCAGCACUUCGGCCGAUCCAAAACCAACGGACCGUAUUUACAAUGGUGGCCGGGUCAUGACCGUCGUCCAUACUUCCGGUGUGCAUCACCUACCUAUCGUCUUCUGUGGAUGUUCUGGUGCAGCAGCCGAGGACAUACAGUUGUUCCGGGUUGGGUUGUACCCAUCCACCUACAAGUCUUGCCAGACCGUAUUUACCUUCCAACUCCUCGAUGACUACCUGCUGGAAAACCUGGAAUGUAAAACAUCGGCCACCCACUACUACUCCAAAUUGAGAAGGAUCACCAACUUUGCAUUUCCUAAUUCCAUUCCGAACCGGUAUCACGAGUUAAUAAGGGUUGGUAGACAAUACCGUAAUCUUACCGAACUGGCUACUUUUGGAUUUGGACACAAAGGUAAGGCUCCGACGCCGGGGGAGAUGGGUUUUUUUUGCCCUACCUGCCCACAACCGGGAGUCAACCUUCCUGAUGACUGGAACAAAAACCCCAAUGAUCCUACUAACUGGAAGUAUACCAGAGGAUUUGUAGCCGAUGGCAAUUUCACAGCAGCCCACCAAAAACAGGCACGGCCCAAAGACGAUGUUUGGCUUAAAAAUGGGGAUAGUUUCAUGACGCAAAGAGGACCUUAUUUGAGCCACCUUCGGGACGCGAUUGAAGAUAAUGAUCCGAGGACAUGUCAUGAGCACAAUGCUAUCAACAACAAGAAUGUAUUUCACCGAGGUUUUGACGCUACUGGAAUUGGAGCCAUUGCUUGCCUUCGACAUGGCACCUUUUGUCCGGGUUCGGUGGUAGAUUUUCAAAAGGGAGAACGGCAAAUGAACAUGGACUAUGCCUUGUGCCAGGCUCUGAAGAAUACCAUGACCGGUGAAGAAAAAAGGGUUAUUUUUGUCUAUGACAUCAACUGCCAGUAUAUGCCGGGAUCGGCUUAUUCCAUGUCCAUGGCCAUCAAGAAAUAUGCUUUCCACGAUUUGCCCCAACAUUCAUCCCCGGGGCCGGCAGGCAAGGUCAAGCCGGGGUUAACUGGAUGGGUAAACACCGGUAUCAAAAUUCAGGAAGCCCAAGCCGAAUUGGCUGCCUUUGUGAAGGCUCAAGGCAGUCGUCCAAGUGCCGAUCAGAAGCUGGAGAUAAUGAAACGUCGAGAGAAGCUGUCCAAGCGACUUGAAGAGUUUUCCGAGGCUGGUCAAGGCCAUUUUCCCAACUUGGAAAUUAACGAAGGAACUAUUCAUGAUCCACCGCUCUCGGAGGAUAUUGUGGAUGACGAUGACUGGAGCGAUUGUGAUGAAGAGGAAACCCCAGCACCGAGCAUACCCAGUUUGCCUGAUCAGGGAUAUGGAUCGGCCGAACAUCAACAAAUCCUCUUACCAUCCUCAUUUCAAGCAGCCCUCCUCCCUACAUCACUGGGAGAAGCCCGGUGCGUAGAGAUAGAAUUGAGAGUGGCCCAGGCAAAUAACGCUCUGAAGCGUUUAUGGGAAGCCAUCGGUUACAAGUCAUUCCUUUAUCGGAAGAGAAUUCGAGCCGAGAAAUCGAAAAAACGUGUAACUCGGGCUUACGAUGCUGUACAAGGAUCGGAUCGCGAUAUGAAAAGUGCUCUCCGGGCAUACAACCAAGCUCGAUGGGCUCUUAAUCAGCUCAAUGCUCCUCAGGGCACUUGUGACCGAUACAAGCCGAUAGGGAAAAAAGAUACAAGGGCACUAACUACGGUAUACGAUGGCAACGCCCGGGGUCAAAGAAAUAUUGCUCUGCCAUGGUUCUGGAAUAUGGCUGUGGCUGAUGAUUCGUCGGGUUCAACAUACAUGGAACAAGGUCAGAUCCAGUCACUUUUAUUACUCUACAUGAAUUGA